AUGCCACAUUUUGUGCAGAAAAAGCUCGAAAAGUUAAAGGUAGAAGUAGUUAAUUCAAUAUUAGAUCAGCCGUCACUAGUUGCUUCAUUGGCUGAAGCAGGCACAGCGGCUCAAUCUGAUUUCACAAAGAACCUUCGUAAGAUGGCUGAAUAUUACUUUAAUCAUAGCGGGAAAUUGUUACGGCCGACAGUUUCAUUGCUGAUGGCUUAUGCAUGCAACCAGUUGAAAACUAAAGACACCUCAACUGUCAACUGUGAGGUGGAAGAAGUCAAUUUGAAUCAGUACGUGAUAGCUGUUGUUUCUGAAAUGAUACAUACAGCUUCAUUGGUGCAUGAUGAUGUUAUUGAUGAAUCCGUUGUGCGGCGGAACAGCCCUACGGUUAACGCUUUGUGGGGAAACAAAAUGGCUGUUCUGGUCGGUGAUUUUAUUCUUGCAAGAGCCACUCAGUUACUGUGCAGUAUUGGUCGUCCAAAUGUUAUCUCUGUGAUGGCUUUGAUAAUCGAAGAUUUGGUGAAAGGCGAAUUUAUGCAAAUGACUUCUGGUGGGAACAAGAGUAGUGCUGAGCAUUUUAAGGAAUACAUGACUAAGACGUAUUUUAAAACAGCAUCACUGUUUGCAAAUAGCUGCAAAUCCGCUGCAAUGCUUGCUGAUAUCACUAAGAAGUAUGAACAUACUGCAUAUGAAUAUGGUCGUUCGUUAGGAACAGCUUUCCAGUUAGUUGAUGAUAUGUUAGAUUUUGUUUCCACCUUGUCUGUUUUGGGUAAGCCAACAGCCCACGAUCUCAAAUCAGGCCUUGCAACAGCCCCUGUCUUAUUUGCUGCUGAAGAGUGCCCGGAACUUGAAAGGCUAAUUUCUAGGCGAUUUUCUGAGGACGGUGAUGUUGAAAAGGCCUGGACAGUCGUUGUAAAUAGUAGGGGGGUCGAGAAAACUCGUUCUUUGGCAAAAGAGCAUGUUCAGCGGGCCGCAGAUCUGGCUUCACAGUUCCCAAAUGGUGAGGGAGUCAGAGAUCGACUGGUUGAUCUGGCCGUAGCUCAGUUGGAAAGACAGAAGUAG